AUGAGUGAUUCGUGGGAGGCGGCGUGCUCGUUAUUAGAGCAGCUGUCCUCCAUGACAUCUGAUCCAGUACUAAUAGAUUUCGGUGGUCUCUCAUAUUAUACAUGUGGAGUUCCUUUGAAGCCGUUAUCUAUUGAAGAAUGCGCAGAAAACGAAGAUUUUCAAACAUUAGAAAGAGAAAUAGAUAUUUUGAUUAAAUUCGAUCAAAAGCAUGCUGCGAUAUUAUUCCAAAAAUGGAGAGCUCGAGCAAAAGUUAAACGUUUAAAUCAUUAUCAAGAAAUAUUCAAUCAAUGGCACAGAAUGUAUACGUAUAGGAUACAAAAGAAACAGCAUGAAGCUAAUUUACUUCGAAAUUGUGUGAGAGAGUGGCAUCUUUUCAUUUGCGAGAAAAAGACACAGAAAGUAUCAUCAAAAGUUGUCAUGAAGAAAUGCUUUGCGACAUGGAAGAAGCAACAUCAGAUAUUUGCACUUACUACACGUAUCAAUAAAGCAUCUUCGAAAAUUAAGAAGACAAUCUUUUUCAAAAAAUGGAAAUCAAGGCUCGCUCGUAAACGAGAGAUGAAGAAAAAGCAAGCAGUUGUUAAUCUUUUUAAGACAAAAGCACUACAAGAAAACUUUUCAAUUUGGUAUGAAAAAUAUCUUGCAAAAACACGUAUUUUAUCAACAGAUUUACAUAAAAAGAAGCAAUUCUUCCAUAAAUGGAAUGCAAACUUUGAGCUUUCGCAAAAGUUAUCAACAUCAGAAGUCGCUGUCCGCUUAGAACAUAAUCGUUUAACACAGACAAGAUUUUUCCUUGUCUGGAGACGCAAAGCACGCAUAUCUAUUAAGAAGAGAUCGCGAAAGAUGGUUGGAAACUGGUCAAAGUUCACAAAGAACAUAAUUAAGUAUUAUCAAGUCAAACAAAUAUCAGCUUUAUAUGCCGAAAAACGCGUAUUUGGUAAGAUGAAAGAGCAUCUUAUUUCGAUCCAAAAUGUAUUCUUGCAACAGUACAUCGAAAAAUGGAAAAGAUUUGUUGAUCUUCAAAAGAAGAAGAAACAAGCCAUUGCUUCAUCACAAAGCUUCACCUUAUAUAGAGCUCUUGGUCGCUGGUAUAUUACUUGGCGUGCAGUUGAAGAUUUGAGAUUAACAAAUACAGUUCGUGAAACAGUUGUCAAUCCUCAUCUCAAAGAACGUUUCUUCCAUGAAUGGAUCAGGAAGGCACAGGAAUCUGUCGAUACAAAGAGGAAUAUGGCCAUACUCCAAAGAAAGAAAUCUCUUGAAUUAAAGAUUUUCAAGGCAUGGCAUUGUCAUGUUGAGAUGUUGAAUAUUAGAGCUGAAGAACACUAUAAUAGGACACUUAUUACAGGUGCCUUCGCCAUUUUCGAGCUUGGAACAAUUGGAAAUUCAAGAGAAAACGAAAUUAAAGCUGAAAAGUUCAGAGAAAUGAAGUUAAAGAAGAAAUACUUCAAGAAAUUCAGAUCAUUCAAGGCUUUCAAACCUGUUGUCCCUGAAGCACCAGUUGAUAAUAGUGCACUUGCUCAAAUUAUCUCGAUGUUGAACACAGAUGUAGGUAUGAUAAAGGCCAGCUUACUCUGA